AUAGAAUUUAAGAAUUUUUUUGAAGAAAAUUUUCAAAGAUAAAUUUCUUUACCCUUCAAACACUAUUAGCGAAAAAAAUUUUUUUAAACCAUUUUUUUAAUAUUUGGAAUUUUUAAAAAACAUAUUAAAUAUUAAAUCAAAUAUAUAAUAACAAUGUCACAUUAUUAUUCAUCAUUAAAAGAAGUUGAAGUUGAUCUUCAUAAUUUUCAACGUGAAACGGCAAAACGUCUUGUUAUAAAUACAAUUAAAGAAUCUUAUUACAAAAAUAUAACAAUUAUAAAAUUUAUAACAGGAAGUGGAAAUCAUAUAAAUUCUAUUGAAGAAAAAGGAGUUCUUUAUGAAGUUUUUCCAUCAUGGAUGUCAGAUAAUGAAAUCAAACAUUUAAUUGAACAUUGUAAAAAAUAUGAUGGAUAUUAUUUAGUAUACCUUGAUUUUGAACGUAUAUAUCCUAUCAUUAAUUAUGUUCUUGAUUUUAUUGAAUUUCUUAUUGAUGAUUUUGAUUAUAAAGAUUGUUUAAUAACAUUAUCAUUAUUCAUUAUUACUUUUAUUUUUGCUAUUACUAUUAUCUUUCUUUUUGUUUUCGUAUUAUGUAACUUGUUGUUUAUAAGAAAUAUUAUUUAUUAGUAU